AUGGACUUCGACAAGUCACUAUUCCUCGACACGAUCUGGGAUGUCACAUCGGACGGUCGCCACGAGCCAUCUCGCUCCAACAUCCCGCUGCACUACCAGCGUGCCAGGGCAAUAUGCCAGGGCCAAGGUCUGACGAUCGGUGACAUCGCUGAGCUAUCUCCAAGAUUCUGGGACUUCCACUUCAACCCGGUGUCUUCCCGGGACAUGACGGCAUUCAUCAUCGCAACGAUCCAUCUCAACUUAUGUGUCGGCACGAUUGCUAAGUUCUCCCGGGAGCGACCUGACCUCAAUGCCAUACCGGACGAGCUUCUGAAUUUCAGGGCAUGUGGAGAGUUCAUGUUGACAGAGGUCGACCAUGGCCUCGAUGCGCGAAAUCUGGAGACCACUGCGACGAUGGAGACAGACGGGUCCUUCGUUCUGAAUACGCCGACCGCGGGCGCCGCUAAAGCAAUGCCUCCUACAUCGCCGCUGGCUGGCAUGGCCCGCGUUGCUGUUGUCUUCGCUCGGCUCAUCGUGAGCGGCAAUGACCGAGGGGUGAAGCCUUUCGUCGUACGGAUCAAUGACGCCGGAGGUAUGUGCGAUGGCGUUGUGUCGCGUGUGCUCCCUGUCAGACCCGGGACCAAACCGCUGGACCACUCCAUCACAACGUUCCGGAAUGUGCGCCUUCGACCCGAAGCGCUUCUCGGAUCGCCGUUGCCAGCGCACAACGAGCGAGAGGAUUUCCUCGCCUAG